AAAACGCCCUUUGUUCGAAAGUGAAAGUACGACUGGACUGACUGCGGUUCAUUCACAGACAUCGCCCUCUCGUUUUUUCCUCACCAAAUCCACGCUAGAAGAUGCCCACCAAAAAGAUGGUGAUCGCGAACUUGCUGGAAAACUUGUCCAAGAAGAACUUUGACAAGUUCUGCAUGGCUCUGGUGGACCGCCGCGGGGAGCGAAAGGUGGCGCUCGGAAAGGUGGAAGACAAGAACUACCUGGAGGUCACUAACGUGGUGGUGUCCACCUUUACCGAGGACGGAGCUCCGGCCGUGACAUCCGAACUCCUGACGCUCAUCGGGUGCUUGGAGGAGGCAAAAGAGCUCAAUACCCUUAUUGCCCAACUGUCCUCGAAGCCAUCGUCUGGCAAAACGGCAGCAGCAUCAGCAGGACGCCAAGCUGGAGGUGCAGAUGAGACUACACAUUGCAAAGAGGUGCAUUUCGUGGAUAAACACAGGCUGGAGCUGAUCCCGCGCAUUGGCAACAUUAAUCGCAUUCUGGACGUCCUGCUGGAUAAGAAGGUUAUCCAGGACGAGGUCUACAAUGAAAUCAGAGAAACGGCGGGCAACGAGAACAAGAUGAGGAAUGUCUACAGGCUGGCUCUCAAGUCCAGCGUCGCUGCUAAAGACGUCUUCCUCGACACCCUCAGGGAGUACGAGCCAUACCUCGUAGCCGACCUCGAGGACUAGGAGCAAACAUCCGAUGGCGACAUAUUUCUCUCAUCAUAUAUUUUCUCUUUCUGGUGUACCUCUUCGGAAUGAAUUUAUAUAAUCCCACCCCCUCAUUGAGUUUCUCCGCCCACGACUUGGCAGCUAGCCUGGCCUAAGGCUCUGCCAGUUUCAAGCAAAUUUGUUGUUGGGCGCACGGAUUCUGCUAAGCGGGGCGUCCUCGAUUGCCUGGGGAAGUCGUCAAUGUGGCUUGUUGAUGAAGUGCUGCCUCCGCAAGUGAAAAUACAAACAAGGCUUUUGCAAUCUUUUAGGGGUCUCACAGUUGGCACUCGCUUUUAAUUAGACAAGGCUGUCCCAUCAAACAGACUCAUUUCAGCAAGGCUCGAGAGAUGGCACAACCAUUUUCACUUACGGAGGCAGCACUUUAUACAGUCCACUGUGUAUGUAUGCACUCAUCAUCAAAGAAAAAUGCACCCUCACAACGUCAAAAACUUCAUAGUACAUAUAUGCUUAUCAGAAGCUAACACUGACCUGUGAGUCGGGAAAAACUUAAUGCAGCUCUGCUUACCUGAAUACUAGGUCCACCCUUAGUUAUCAUGCCAUUGAAAGCCAUCCUGGCAUUGGCACACCCCGCAGUAGAGGGGAAGGUGGGGUGAGUCGUUGCUCAUUUGCAUGAAAUCAGACUGUGCCCUCAACACAGGAUAAUUUGUCGAAAGACAAAACAAAAAUAAGCAUUUUCGCUUGUGGAACCAGCAUUUUAUAGACCACAACAAUUAGUGUUAAAGGUACAAAAAUAAAAAUACUUGGCCAGUUAACAAUGUGAUUUUCAAAUUACUUGAAUUUUGUAUCCGUUUUUCAUCUAUUUUAAAGUUUUGUGGGUCAAGAUAAUGUGGCAAUGUGUUUUGUGAAUUGUUCUUUAAUUUCACAUUUUGGUUUCAUUUGCAUUGGAAUUUUUAAAAACGAUUUUAUUAAACAUUUUUAAUUUC